AUGACUUCCUCAUCGUCACAAAUGGAUCAUGACGGAAGUCAAAGGCUUCCGAAUGGCAUCCGACCUGCGGAACAGGAAGUGAGGGACUCGUCAGAUCUCUCUCCAAGCCCUUCAAGGCUUGUCACCACCGCUGCAGCUGCAAUAACACCAGAUAGUGCAGAGCGAGCCUCCAGUAGAUCUCGUCCUAGAAUAAACAGUGUUUCAUCUUUCGGUUCCACUGAAACUGGUGAAACUGGCAAUUCACGGCUUCAGGAGCUGCGGUCACAAAAGAAAGCGAAGCUAGGUGCGCUGAAGGAGAGAAUAAAAUCUUCACAUACCACACUUACUACACCCGUACGAAAUCAGGAUCCAGCUUCAAAAGUGAAACCACACGAGGGUAACAGUCAGAUUGGCAACUCUGCCGAGACUCAAAAUAUUGAUGGUGACCCAACAUCUAAGCUCAGUGAGCUCCGUGCAAAGCGGAAACAAAGGUUAGAAGAUGCUCAAAUUGGAAGCCCUGCAAGCGCACCAACACCGCGUCACGAUUUUCGUCGCUCUGCUGGUUCACCUCCACCGGUCAUCAUGUUAAGUGGGACUGGUGUAAAAGUUAAGGAAACGUCACCGAACCAGCUGGAGAUUGUUAGCGACAACCACACAGGCACAUUGUCUGAUGAUGGGAUGUGCGAAGGUCCGAGCAUAGCGGGGAAUUCGGAUGAUAUGGAUAUGGUGAGCGACUCGGAAUCUGUGGAAAACGACAAAGCAAACGUAGCCUUUCGUCGAUUAUCAAAUGAAUCAUCGAGUGUGUCAGAUGAGAUUCUAAGACCUUAUCUUGCUAGACGAGGAAGUGCUCGCAGUGCUGAUAUGGGUACGCCCAUUCACAGACAUAUUGUCGCAAGACGUUCAAGUGCACGCAGCGUUGAUGACACGUCGAGCUUGUCCAAGCUAGAUCUUCUGAGGCUACGUCGAGCGCAGAAUCGCGAAAAGGCCCAACUGGAGCUUGCAGCACUUGGAACCCCAAGACACCGUGUUGGAGUUGAGCAGCCAUCUGGAGAAUCCUCUGCUCCAAAGCACUCGCAACAAAAGCGGGCGAAAGAACCGGCGAAUAACGACGAACUAGCAAAGCAGCUUCAUGACGUGCAAGAGGAGCGAACCCAAUUGAAGCGGCAGCUCGAAGCAAGCAGGGCGGCUUUUCGACUCACUCGAGAGUUAACCACUUUACAGCGGCAGCUCGGAGCAAGUAGGACUGCUCUUCAACUCACUCGUGAGGAAAAGCUAUCACAUGCAAAGAUUGGAGCUGAAGCUGGAUCUGAGAAUGACCUGUUUGGUCUCUGCAACAUGGUUGAUGAACUUCAAGGUCAAGUUGACAAGCUCGGGGGAAAGAAGAUCGAAGACAAAAUUCGCCUAGAAGAAGACUUACACAAGUCCAGAUUAGAAGUGGCACAGCUUCAGGAAGAGGUUGAAGAGAAUCAACACACUCUGAAGAGAAUGAAGACGGAGAAUCAAGAGUUGAACGAUCAGAAAGAGCUACAGCUGGAAAAUCAGCUAUUACGGAAUGGGGGUUUAGAAGGAGAGAAGAAAAUGUCUUCGAGAAUAAUAAGAUUCUGGAAGCCUGGUAUUUCAUCCUCAUUUGGUAACCCAUUCAGAUCACUACUGGGUCAACGACACAGGAGUACAGUAAAGGCAACCGGGCAUACCUGGCAUCCUUUCAAACCAGCCUCCUACAAGAGCGAAGUGAAAUCGCGCCAUCGUUUUUCGAAUCUCUUGAAUGGGUUGGUGAAUUGGGACACGGCAAAGAAUGUUGCUUGGGGAGCUGGGAUAAUGGGGCUGUUUCUUAUGAGUGGAGGAGAUCCACAGAUAUCUCACGACCGGGGUCCAUUCGUCCGAUUUGAAAUUCCAACGCCAUUGUUCCAAGGACCAUGA